AUGUCAUUAUGUAUCAUCAUGUUUUAUUUCAGAUCUGCGAUCAAGUUUUACUGGGAUUUGGGAAUGAAGAUGAAGCUUAUGAUAACAGUCGUCACUUGCUUAGUACUCUGGUCGGUGAUGUUACUAUCAUUCUCCAACGUUUUCAAACACCAGCUUCUUGAUGUUACAAUCAACGGUUCAAAGGAUUCCGAAAAACCGAGGGAUAAACUGUUAGGAGGGCUUUUAACCGAUGAUUUUGAUGAAGAUUCUUGCUUGAGUAGGUACCAUAAGUCUUUCUUGUAUCGCAAGGCUUCGCCGUACAAACCUUCUGAAUAUCUUGUCUCCAAGCUAAGAAGCUACGAGAUGCUUCACAAGCGUUGCGGUCCAGGCACAAAUGCUUACAAGAAAGCAACAAAGAAGCUUAAUCAAGAUGAGAAUUAUGCAAAGAAAUCUGUUGGUGAAUGCAAAUACAUUGUGUGGAUCGCAAGUUACGGUCUUGGAAACAGAAUACUUACUCUUGCUUCUGUCUUCCUCUAUGCUCUAUUGACCGAGAGAAUCGUUCUUGUUGAUCAAAGCAAAGAUAUAAGCGAUCUCUUUUGCGAGCCGUUUCCAGGUACUUCAUGGCUACUUCCUCUUGACUUUCCAUUGAUGAGUCAGCUAGAUAGCUACAACAAGAAUUACUCUCGUUGUUAUGGAACAAUGUUGAUCAAUCAAUCCAUUAACUCGACUUCGAUCCCACCACAUCUAUAUCUUCAUAUUCUACAUGAUUCAAGGGAUCAAGAUAAGAUGUUCUUCUGCGGAAAGGAUCAAACUUUAAUCAAUAAAGUCCCUUGGUUGAUUGUUCAAACCAAUGUCUACUUUAUCCCAUCUCUAUGGUUAAAUCCAACUUUCCAAACCGAACUAAUCAAGUUAUUCCCGCAGAAAGAGACCGUCUUUUACCACUUGGCUCGGUAUCUUUUACACCCGACUAACCAAGUUUGGGGUAUGGUCACAAGAUCCUACGAUGCUUACUUAUCAAGAGCAGACGAAACACUCGGUAUUCAAGUCCGGGUUUUCAGCAGACGUGCUGGAUAUUUCGAGCAUGUCAUGGACCAGAUCCUAGCCUGUACACAAAGAGAGAAACUUUUACCUCAAGUAGCUUCACAAGAAGAAUCACAAGUAGUCAUCACUACUAAUAAUACAUCGAAAACCCCGAAACUUAAAGCUGUCCUGGUCACAUCUCUGUAUCCAGAGUACUCUGAUACCUUAAAGAACAUGUAUUGGGAACGUCCAACUUCUACAGGAGACAUUGUACAAGUUUAUCAACCAAGUGGAGAAAGAGUUCAACAAACAGACAAGAAGCUUCACGAUCAAAAGGCGCUUGCUGAAAUGUAUCUUCUGAGUUUAACUGAUAACAUUGUGACAAGUGCAAGGUCUACAUUUGGAUAUGUUGCUCAUAGUCUUGGAGGAUUAAAGCCAUGGUUACUUUACCAGCCAGUGAGAGGCAGAACUCCUGAUCCACCAUGUGUUAAAGCUAUAUCUAUGGAGCCUUGUUUUCUUACUCCUCCGAGUCAUGGAUGUGAAGCUCAAAAGGGAAUCAACUCGGCGAAAAUCGUUCCUUUUGUGAGACAUUGUGAGGAUCUUAGACAUGAUGGGCUUAAGCUAUUUGAUGAUAUCAAAGAUGAGUUAUAG